AUGGCGGAAGAAAAACAUGAAAUGGGCGUCGAGCCUGUUGACAGCCCCAAUGACAACGACUCUGGCUUUUCGAAGCCCGUUGACGAGGCACACACGGACCUGGGACUAGAGUACUAUCACAAGGCCAUGCUGAUCGAUCCCCAAGUCAGAGAAACGAUUGCUCUGCGGGUCCGCAAAAGAAUCGAUUACACCAUCCUGCCUGCGAUGUGCUUGAUCUACUUACUGUCGUUCCUGGACAAGCAAACGCUGAACUACUCGAACGCCUACGGACUGCAAGAGGACUUAGGUCUCAAAGGUCGGGACUAUUCCUGGGUUGCUAGUGUUACGAACAUCGGAUAUGUUGUCGGCUCGUAUCCAAGCAACUUGGCCUUGCAGACACUGCCUGUUGGUCGUUUCGUCUCCACGAUGCUGCUUCUAUGGGGUGGACUGUUGAUGUGCACGGUGGGAGCGAAGAACUUCGCCGGGAUAAUGACGCUCCGCUUUCUUCUUGGGGCAGCCGAGUCGUGUAUUGGACCAGCGUGGAUGUUGGUGACCGCUAUGUUCUGGACGAGAGACGAACAACCGCUUCGCAUGUGCAUCUGGCUUGGCUGCAAUGGCAUUUCAUUGAUGUUGGGUGCCGGUAUCUCCUGGGGACUUGGCCACACCAACAAUCCCGCCCUCGAAUCGUGGCAGCUGAUCUUCUUAGUCAUCGGCGUCAUCACAUUCGCUGUCGGCGCCGUCGCUUUCUUCCUCUUCCCCUCCACCCCGAUGGACUUCAAGCUCUUCACGGAGGAGGAGAAGAUCGUUUCCGUCUGGCGUGUCUCUGGAAACCAGACGGGCAUCAAACAUUCAAAGGUACAAUGGUACCAGAUCCGCGAAGCAGCCCUUGACCCCAGAGUAUGGCUUGUUGCAUGCCAACAGCUCUCCAUCGGUAUCAUCAAUGGCAGCAUCACCAACUUCAUGAGCGCCUUACUGGCAGGAUUCGGCUACUCGGACGUCCAGACGGUGCUCUACCAGCUUCCGAACGGUGCGUUCCAGAUCGUGUGUACAUUCCUCGCCGGCUGGUUCUCCUCGGCCGUCCCGAAUACCACAGUGAUCACAGUGAUCAUUACUCACGUACCAUCCAUCGCCGCCAUCAUUGGCAUCGCCACGAUCGACUUGUCUCACCGGUUGGCACUAACCGCCUGUACCUGGCUUCUGGGUAUCAUUGGAGCUGCGAUUAUCCUCAAUUGGUCCGUGGUGACAGCAAACUUCGCCGGCCAUUCCAAGCGCAUGGCAGUGAACGGCUGCAACUUCGUGUUCUACGCAACUGGAAACGUCAUUGGCCCUUUUUUGUUCUUGCCAGAAGAAGCGCCCCGAUACCUGUCGGCCAUCAAAGCACUGUGCGGGAUAUACGGAGCCUCGAUGGUCUUCACCGCAGCGAUCGGUGUCAUCAUGUAUAUGAAGAACCGCAAGCGGGACAGAAUUGCACGCCAGGAGAGCGAAGAUUAUGAAGCUCCGGCGGAGGUCUCGUGGACUGACGUGGGCGAGGGGGCGUUCAGAGACCUGACGGAUGGCGAGAACAAGCACUUCAGAUACAGAUUGUAG